GAAAGAGGUGCUUCUAUGAGGCAAAUACAUAUUAGAGUAUAUGACAGUUUACUCUGCACGGACUGCACCAUGCCGCCCUUUCCUAACUUGCAGAGAGUGUGUUGCGCAUUACGUGUAUCACUACACGUUCAUUUCACCUUCACCUUCUCUUUUCUCCUGCCCUGAUUUGCGCAAAUACUUGAUCGUUAUCGACGGGCUCAAUCACCAGGACCUGCCUUUCAAAUCCACACAAAACAUACCUUCCUCCUUCGUCUUUCUCCACUGUCUCAAAAUUGAAGACUGGCUCCAAGACAUCCUUCCAAUACAACACUGCUCCCAAACCCAGCCCCUCAUCGAUACGCUCAUUCCACAUGCGCAAACGAGCCCCCCGCACCUGUCCUCAAAAUCCCUCACAAGAUGGCGUAUGCGGUUGUCAUGCGUUCUGGGAGCGCAGCAAACAGUCUUCCUCCAAUGCCGAGGUCACUGCAGAUGCAACAGAAGGUAGUGAGAAGACAAUAGUAGAGCAAGAAAGAAAGAAGAAGAGGAGGAAAAGAGGAGGAAGAAAACAGCGCAGAAAGGAAGAGAAGAAGAAAACGGAAGAGGGGAAAGUGAAGGAGACUAUGCAAGUUCUAGUCGAUUAUGAGCUUCCUUACGACGAUGAGCGUCUGGACUGGGAUACGGAUGAAGUGCGGAGAAUGGUGGGGUAGGUUGCGUGAUGGUUUCUUGACAGGAAAGAGCAUUGGUUUUGAAGACUAUAAACAUAGAUGGUUUCAUCCGCCGAUAGGAAUUUG